CUCUCUCUACUCGAAGACAACACAACACAAAGUCACAAACACACCCCUUCAGACACACACAGAGAGCCUAAUAAAGACUCAAAUAGAGCAAUCAAAAUUGCAGUAAGAGGAGCAAGAGGAGGCUCAGAGCUACAAACACAACACAGAGAGAAAAACAAAGCAGAAGAAUCGAGAAUUUUGCUUUAUCUAUCGAUACCCAUCUAAAUCCCCCCAUCAUUCAUUUCCCUGCUGCCCAUUUUCUCAUUUCUCUCUAUUAUUACAGAGAAAGACAACGAGGAAAGAGAAAGAGAGAGAUCUCCUACAUUGCCCACUUUGUAGUGGACAAGGGUUUUCGUCGGAUCGUAACUUGGGACUUGUUCAAUUCUGCUCCUGUGGACUUAAUUAGGGUUUGAUCAGAGUACAGAUUCGGGGAGGGAGCCCUAAGCCCGCAUGAGCAUGGUCUUUGCCGGAAAUGGAGCUCUGGAUUUGGCUUACAGACUCUGAGAUUGUUGCCUAGAGUUAUGGCAAGCAUUGGUUUUUCUGAGCAUGGAACAAGAUUGCAUAUUACAUGAGUGAUCAGAGACUUGCCGAAUCGGUGUUUCAGAGGACUAGGAUUUCCGGGUUUUUGCUGCUUAAGACGAGCCUGAUCUUUGGCUGGGGAUGCAUUUGGUGCUGGAUUUUACUCACAAGGAGGAGCUGAUUGUGAUUUUAGUGGUACACAAGGCAGCACAGAGGAUUAGAUUGGAGUUUCAUUCGAGUUCGUUUGGUUUAACUUAGUUUGAGCAAGAUUCCAAGCUGAAAAAAGCUGUUGGGGCUGUUAAUUUAUCGAGGUUUUGCUGGUUUUUAGUUCAGUUUAGCUUUGCUGCGUUGGUUGAGUUGAUUAGCCCUUAGUUAGUUUCGGUGAUUUGGAAAAGGAUCAAGGCUUGGUUUCAGUUUAAGUGUGUGUUGGAUUGACAGAGGAGUUUUGGUCCUGGGUAUGAAUGUGGGGGCAUGGUGCAUGGACAGGAGCUUAGUUGCUGGUUCGUUCCCUUACUGGAACAGUGUUACUCGAAAAUAAUUCUGGAACUUUCUCCUCGGGAAGGCACUAGUUUCUUGUAUUGUGUGAGUUUGUGCAAUGUCGCGCUGCUUUCCAUUUCCACCACCAGGAUAUGAGAAAAAAGCUAGGGCAGAUGAUGUGAACGUGCUGAAAAAGGAGAAGCAGAGAGAAAAGAAGCAUAAAAAGGAUAAGAAGGACAAAGAAAAAAGAGAAAGAGAGAAAAGUGAGAAAGACAGAAGUGAUGGAAAACAUCGGGAAAAGAAAGACAAGAAGGAAAAGAACAGAGAGAAAAAGAAGGAUAAGGAGAAAGACACAGAAAAAGUUAAAGAUAAACCUGGUAUUUCAGAUGGAACUAGAAUGCCAGAGAUAUCUGAGAAUCAUGUUGCAGAGAGACUCAUUCAUAAAGAUGAUAGAGACAAGAGAGAUGCCAGCCAAGUUGGAGGAUCCCAUGCAGAAAAACUUGGCCAGAACAGUCACCUGCCUGUGGAGAACAGGAAUUCUGUAUCGGUGGAGGUGGCUAGGAAGACUAAGGAUGAGGCCAGAGGAAUUAAGAACCAGUUCGUUGAGAAGAUUUCUGGUCCAGACCUACCUGUGGAGAAAAGGAACUCUGUAUCAGUGGAGCUGGCUAGGAAGACUAAGGAUGAAGCCAGAAGAAUUAAGAACCAGUUGGGUGAGAAGAUUACUGGUUCAGACCUACUUUUGGAGAACAGGAACUCUGUAUCAGUGGAGCUGGCAAGGAAGACUACGGAAGAGGUCAGAGGGAUUAAGAACCAGUUGGCUGAGAAGAUUACUGGUUCAGACCACAAAAAGGAUGAGGGGAUGGUCAGAUUUGUGGCCAAGGGAACUGGCAUUGUGGCUGAAGUUAAGGAAACUAGCAAGGACAAGAGAGUCGAUAUCCGAAAGCCUGAUGUGCAUGAAGUCAGAGUUGCACCACGGGUUAGUGAAAGUGCAAUGGCGCAGAACCCUGGCAGACUGGUUCAGAACCCUAGCGGAACGGUUCAACCCAAAGUUCAGGGAAUUCCCAAACCAUCGGAGAGCAAUGUUGAAAGAAAGAUUGAUGGAAAAGAAAAGAAGAAAGAAAAGGAAGGUGAAGACAAACGGGGGGAAAAGCGCAAGGAUAAAGAUAGAGAGAAGAAAACCCAGGGGAAAGAUAAGGAAAGAGAUAAAGAGAAGAAGGAGGAGAAAGCAAAGAAGAAAAAUGCGUCGAAGACUGAAGAGCCAGAUAAAGAGAAGAAAAAGGAAGACAAAACAAAUGAGAAAAAUGGUUCUAAGCAUUCAGAACCAGACAAAUCUAGAGAGACCAAUAAAGAUGCUUCUAGUGAUUCCCAGUACCGCAAACCCUCCCAUCUUCCAAAGGACAGCUACAAAACUGCUGAUGCUGAGGGAAGCCAUAAGAAGCGGAAGGACUUGAAGACAAAUGGAGUUUUACACGUUAAUGAACUUAGGCCCAAUAAACUGCUGAGACCUUCAUCCUCUCAUCCAUUGAUAGAAAAUGGAAGGACCCUGGAACCUUGCCAAACAUCCAUUCCAUAUGUUUCAGAUAAGCUGGGAGGAUCCAGUAGUGUUAAAGUGGAGAGCAAGGAACAUAAGAAGAAUGGCAUCAUUGAAGCUAAACCAUCAUCUGUCUCCCCUGCAAAAUCUACUUCUGCCGCUGCACAAGUUGAUGCAUUUGCAGAAUCAUCUUUGAGAUCACCUCAUCCAGAUAUCAAGUAUCUAAGUGAGGUUUAUAUGGUUCCAAAACAGAACGAAUUGUUUGAUGAUGAUCAAGACUGGUUGUUUGGUUGCAGAGAUGCCAAAUCAAAGAGAUCUAAGGUGGAAUCUGUACCGGAUGAGGAGACGGCACAAGUUUGGUCAGAAGCUCUGCGGAUAGAGUCAGCUGAUGUUUGUGCUUUGCCGUAUGUCAUUCCAUAUUGAUUGGUUUCAAAUGGGCAUGCUUCACCUCCUAACUCCAUUGUCAGCAAUAUGCUAGAAAGGCAUCCGGUGCUUGGAUGUUUUGAUCUGUCUACUCGCAUUCGCCUCUGGUUGGCUAUUGCAGGGAGUAUGACCAAUUGCCUUGUUCGCAAACUGUCUUAAAUGACUAAGGUAUCACACCUCAAGGCAAAUGCUCCAGGACCAGGAGAAGGCUAGUUGGAUUUGAAGGGAGGUUCUCCCCACACAGCAGUACACCACAAAUUCAUUCUAAAUGGAAAGUUUUCAUAAGCGCGACAAGUGAGGUUGCGUAGAAAAGGGGGAUAUAUAGGUUGUGCGAUUUUUGUCUUUGAUUCACUUGGGAGCUGCGAAGCUCUUUAAUUGAGGGUUUAAGAGAAACUAGAUGUGGUCUUUGCAACUCCACCACAAUUUUGAUUUGUAACAUAGAACUCUUAUUUACACAAUGUAAGAUAGAGGAAAAGUAUAGUAGUUGCAAUCACCCAUUGGCCUCAUGAUUGUUGUUCAUAACCUAGAUAUACACAUCAGCAUUGA